GGAAACCGGAAUGAUGGUUUAGAAGGCGUCAGAAGGCAAGUGCAAACGUUCGCUCUCCUCUUUCGUCGUUUCUGCCCCCUGUCGUUUUGGAUUGAUGCGACUUUGUCAAGACGCGUCUCAACUUUUGCUUUGACGAAGCUUUGCCUGGUCAAUCCGCGUUUGAGCCGCAGCACAUACAGGUGCUUGCCUGUACUCAAUGUCGACUUCUGAAGCGACCACCAAGUCGCUCGGUGAGGCAGAGAAGAGCCUCGUACUUACCGACAGCAAUGGUGAAGCACUCGUCCCUACUGUCGUACCUCCGGAGACGCAGUUCCCGCCUCAUGGCAUCGAUGGAGACCAGUCGCACUCAGUCUAUCAAACGCCCGCUACCGCUCCUCUGCAAGCCAGUGAGGACGAGGGAUACUUCGGAGGACAGUCCCAGCAGAACAACAAUCUCGACCGCAAUAUUGAAAGGACCGACCACGCAAAGACGCCUGCCAACGCGCCAGGGCUCACGAACACACAAUCACUACCGACCGGCGAUCGUCCCAGCUUGGAGAGAUCAUGGCAGACCGAGAGGCCCAAGGCUAUGCCCCGGAGUGCAACCAUUAUGAAUGCUCUGCAGCGAAGUACCUCCCACACGCAACAUACCCAACAUACCGAUGACGAUUCAGAGUCUUCUUCGUCUUCUUCAGACAGUGAUUCCGGCAAACAGAAACGACGUCAGAUGAAGAGGGAAAAAUCAAACACGAAGGUCAAUGUUGAUCAAGCAGAAGGUAAGGCUUCUAAGAGGGACGGAAGACUGAACAUCUCUGUCAGCGAGACUGCCAAUAACGGAUACAUUGCGAAAACCUUUGGGCAGACGAUCCAGAAUCAUCUUGGUGUGCCACACAAACAUGCCUCGCGAGACGAGCAGGGGUCAGAAUCUAGCUCGGAGGAGCACCACAUAAAGGCCGAUGACGAUUCACAAGAUGGCUUCUCCGACGAUGCCGCCUCCAUUGCAUCUUCAUUCCACGAAACUGUUAAGAGGCCACGAUUGAAUAUCGUCAUUAUGGUCAUUGGAAGUCGAGGCGAUAUUCAGCCGUUCCUACAGAUUGCACGCAUCCUCAAGCGUUACGGACACCGAGUACGGAUUGCAACCCAUCCAGCCUUCAAAGACUUUAUCGAGAAGGACGUUGGACUUGAAUUUUUUUCUAUAGGAGGUGAUCCCUCUGAGCUAAUGGCCUUCAUGGUCAAGAAUCCGGGUCUCAUACCUAGUCUGGAAACCGUCAGGCAAGGUGAGAUCGCUCGGCGCAGAAAAGGAAUGGCCGAGAUCUUCGAAGGACUUUGGCGCGCAUGUGUCAACGCUACGGACGACGAGCAUGACAAGGCCAACAUGAAGAUGUUGGGUAACAAAGCACCCUUCGUCGCCGACGCAAUAAUCGCAAAUCCGCCGUCCUUUGCGCACGUCCAUAUCGCAGAGCGACUCGGUAUCCCUCUGCACAUUAUGUUCACGUUCCCCUACUCUCCAACACAAUCAUUUCCUCACCCCCUCGCCAACAUCAGUCCCCAGAAAAGCAACACCAGUGUGGAAUACGUCAAUUUCAUGAGUUACCCCCUGGUGGAAAUGAUGACGUGGCAAGGUCUCGGUGACCUCGUCAACAAGUUCCGUGUCAAAACCCUCGGUUUGGAGCCUGUCAGCAGUUUAUGGGCCCCUGGAGCACUCUACCGAAUGAAGGUCCCCUAUACUUACCUCUGGAGUCCAGGCCUCGUACCAAAACCAAAGGACUGGGGUCCGGAGAUUGACAUUGCUGGUUAUGUUUUCCUCGACCUUGCGAGUGACUACGACCCGCCGAAAGAAUUGACAGAUUUUCUGGACGCAGGAGAACCCCCUAUCUACAUUGGGUUUGGAAGUAUUGUCGUCGAUGAUCCCGAUAAGUUCACGAAGAUGAUAUUCGAUGCAGUCAAGAUUGCAGGGGUCCGAGCACUAGUCUCUAAGGGAUGGGGCGGUUUAGGGGGUGACAAUACCCCUGACAACAUUUUCAUGCUCGAAAAUACUCCUCACGAUUGGCUGUUCCCACGAGUGAAGGCUGUGGUCCAUCACGGCGGCGCCGGUACCGCAGCUGCCGGUCUGAAGGCUGGCAAGCCUACCAUGAUUGUACCAUUCUUCGGAGACCAGCCAUUUUGGGGCGCUAUGGUUUCAAAGGCCAAGGCCGGUGCCCAUGAGUCAAUCCCAUACAAGAAAUUGGACGCAGAAAAGCUUGCAGAGGGUAUCAAACAGUGCCUUACAGACGAUGCUCGCAAAAACGCCGAAGAAAUAGCAGAGAGCAUUGCCGCAGAAGGAGACGGUGCAGAAAAUGCAGUCAAGAGCUUCCAUCGAAGCUUGCCAUUCGCCGGACGACAUAGUAUGCGUUGUUCAAUCCUCGAAGACAGGGUGGCUGUAUGGAAAAUGAAGUCAUCUAACCUCCGAUUGAGCGCAUUAGCAGCCGACAUCUUAAUCGAGCGCAAGAAGAUUUCCUGGAAGGAAUUGCGUCUUCUGCGUCACUAUGAGUGGAGCGACUUCGAUGGGGCCGGAGAACCAAUCUCUGGCGCAGCAGGUGCACUGCUAAAGACAGGUACUGGAAUCGCAAGAGGUGUUGGCAUGGUACCCACGAGCGUUGCAAAGAACUUCAGAAAACGAGACGAACGCGAGAAGAAGAAGAAGGAACGUGCAGAGAGGAAGGAGCAGAAGAAGUUGCUUAAAGAAGCUGCUCAAGGCAACACCAGUACCGGCGGAAACCAGGAUUCAAAUCGACCCGCUGGUCCCAUGCACACCUCGACCAAUACUACCCUGGGCUCAGUCCAAUCUGUCGACGACGAGCCUCUUGCUCGUGAACUUGCGGCAGAAUUCGGCGAUGCAUUCGUUGAGUCAGGUGGCGCGUUGGCGAGCAUGCCAUUGGAUCUUGGAUUGGCUAUUGGUCAGGGCUUCCACAAUGCACCUCGACUGUAUGGUGACGCCUCUGUCCGCAAGCCUAUUCGAAUCACCGGCAUGCACUCGGGCUCAAGAGCUGCAGGUCAAGAAUUGUUCUACGGAAUAUACGACGGAUGGACUGGUUUGGUUACGCAACCUAUGCAUGGAUGGCAAGACGGAAAAAGCAAGCACGGCAAGUUUACUGGUCUCGGUAUUGGAUGCGCUCGUGGUAUUGGCGGCUUUGUUCUCAAAGACAUCUCUGCCAUCAUCACGCCUCCGUUCUUCCUGGCUCAGGGUGUGCGAAAAGAAAUCACCAAGCGCAUCGGCGGUCCUGGCACCACCUCCUUCAUCCGCAGAGCACAUAUCAUUCAAGGACAGAAGGAUAUGCAGGCGCUGCGUGAGACCGAUCAGAAGAACAAGAAAAAUGACACUCAGAAGACUGAGAGAAUGGUUGAUGAGGGCUGGAAAGUCAUGAAAGAAGCCUGGGACGUGAAGAAGAAGCACGAGCGUCAUAAUGGCGGCAGAAUUCGUGGCAGGCUGAGUGUGUCUAAAGAAGAGCACAAGUGGGAAGAGAACGGAGCCCUCGAGAAUGUCAGUGCAACAAGACGGGCCAUCGAGGCCGAGAAAGAAGGCAAGGAUAUUGAGAAGGUGUUUAGCCAACGUCGGAAGGAAAUGCGCAUUGCCGAGCAACCUAGGGCAAGUGCCAUGGACCAGCCUGACGAUUACGAACACUCGGACGCAGUUGCGCCCAAUGGUCAGACCUUGGAUCGUCCUCGCGAGGAGAUGCAUCACCAAUCCAUGCACGGUAACCGCGAACAGAGGGGAGGAAACGAAGCUGGCCCUGAAGACACUGGCGCAAUCGAUGCGAGUGGAGAGACAGAAGGUACAAAGGCUCACGCAGAGAAAUCAAGUCUCGACAGCGACACUGCAGUCGAGUCACCAGAAGAAGACACAGCCAGCGGCAAGAUCGGAGGUGAUGGCAUCGAUCGCAUGCAGAAGGCGACCAAGAAGAUUGAAGGUGGCUGGGGACCGAACGCGGAUCGCCAGCACACUCAGAAGCAGGCGAUGGCAGGAUGAAGCAACUUGAAUUAUCGCUAUCGACAAGCAAGGCGUUGGGGUUCUGAUUGACAUGGAUUUCUUGAGAAGACAGUACACGUACGACCAGUAAUUUAGCUUUCGUUUCUCUUGUAUCAUUAGCAAAUAGAUAUUUUAACAUGGCCCAUGAUUCGAUCUUGAAUAAUUCAGAGACACUUUCCCAC